AUGGAAGAUCCUGUGACAAAACUGUCUAAAAACCUCUCUAGCCGCGUAGAUGAGCUACUCCGGAACUCAUCACCUUUUGAAUUAUUCUCAGAUACUAAGAUAGAUGAUAGGUUACUAGAAAAAGCAAAGAUGAGACUGUGGAACGAGUGGCAGAAGGUUCAACUUUCCAGUUCUGCUGUACAAGUCAAGACUGGGGAGAUUGCCAAGAUUGAACUCUCCAGGGCUGCGGUCACCAUAGCUUAUGCUGCCGUUAAUAGCUUAAGGGCAGAUUGGGAUGUCCAUCUUGCAAAAUAUUUCAAAACUCCUUCUUUCAGCCACAUCUUGGAGCUGACCAUGUUUGUUGACAAGCACAGAAGGAUACUCACUUGGAACAGGCCAAUAGCUCGAUCAAGUCGCUCAGACCUGUCUUUGGCCAAGGCAACUGAAGAGAAAAACAGCCCUUGGCGUUCACAAGGUUUUGUCGUGCCUCCAGGGGGGGGGGGAGUUUGGAGUAGGGCGGGUGACUUUAUGCCCUGGUGGAUUCAUGCAGCACCAAGAGUUAGCCUUGGCCAAGCCAACCAGGUUGUACUAGAUCUUCCAGAUUUGGGCGCCCAACUAGGUUAUCCCCCUGGGACUAUGGUAUAUAUUGCAGGCAAGGUGCUGGAACAUGGAGUCCCAGGUUGGGGUGAUGGCGAGAGGAUCGUGAUUGCCCAUUUUAUCAAGGAUAAGGUCCAUGAUAAGCAAGGCAUUCCAAGGCCAAGCUUUCCGAUCCAGCAUGAUCUUCUCAAGCGGGUGGGGGCUGGUAGAGGUCUGAAACCUGUUUACCUGGAUGUCAACUAUAUUGCCUACAAACCUACAAUUGGAAGGAGGGGAAAGCCAUCAUGGCUCGAAUCUCGCGCUGAUCCACUGUAUGAAAUAUUGGGGAAACAUUCCUCCUCCUCGAGCCCCAGGAAACGAGCAAAGGAGGUCUUAAUGGAUUUGCCAGACAUCGAGACAUUCACUGACUUUGGUCUGGAAGGAGAGGCUGCUCAGGAUGCAAGAAAAACCAAGACCCAAAAUAACUUCAUAGCAGAGUAUUUGGCCUACCGGGAUCUAUAUCUAGACAUCAUCCUGGAAUUGGAACAAUUUACCCGUGCUGGCAUCUGUGAGACUUGCCAAAGUGCUGAGGGCAUAUUCAGUUGUUUAACUUGCACUGGAGAUCAUGGCUGGUGUCGCCCUUGCAUGGUCAAGUUGCAUCAGUCAUUACUGUUUCACAAAAUUCGUUUGUGGACCGGGAAGUGCUUCAAGGAUGUCAAGCUAGCUGACCAGGGUUUAAUAUGGUACUUAGGCCAUGGUGGAGAAUCUUGCCCUUGGUAUGAAGCUUCACAACUGUGUGACUCCGAGGUUGAAGCCUUGGCCCACAAUACCACCUCAGUCACUAUUGUACAUUCUUCUGGGGUGUUCAUGCAUAAUGUAGCAUGGUGUCAUUGCCCGGGAUCCAAUUCCCAGCAUGUACAACUCCUAAAAGUAGGACUAUUUCCUGCCAGCUUCACCUGUCCAAAGACCGCGUUUACCUUUGAGGUGUUGGAUCAUUUUCUCAUUGAUGCCUUGGAAUGCAAGACUUCUGCAAGGAGCUUCUAUGAGAAACUCACAAGGCUGACUAAUAAUGCAUUCCAAGAUACUGUCCCAGAUCGAUACCAUGAACUCAUGAGAGUAUCCCGGCUUUGGCGGGACUUAAAGAACCGAAAAUGGUUUGGAUUUGGCCAUGAUGUUAAACCAGAGCCUGGCCCUGGUGAUCUUGCUCUUUUUUGCCCUUCUUGUCUGCAGCCAGGAAUCAAUAUGUCUUUGCUUUGGGAGCAGAAGUAUGAAAGGCAAGUUGUUUAA